AUGCCGAGCAUUACUGAUGUGCCAAUGAGAGAGAGGCAGCAGGUCCCUGCAAAGUCAUUGAACACCCCCUACCCUNNUCACUUCAAGCGCGUCCUCGGCUAUGCCCGUCCCGGCGACUACAUGUACGGUGUUGCGUUCGGCGCCUCGAUCCCUGCUACCAUGACCCUCAUGGAGCGCGUCUCUCCNACCGGUGUCUCCCGCAGCGUCUUUGCCAGUGUCAUGCGUCUCUCCGGUGGCAUCGGCCUCUUUGCCGGUUUCUACCUCUGCUACUCGAGAUCCAUCAACCGCUUCUACGGCUUCACCGAGAACCGCCGCGAAAUCGACAUGGACAUGCGCGAAAUGGUCGACAAGGUCAAGCGCGGCGAGGAGCUUUACGGCAAGAGCCAGUUGACCGAGUACAUGCAAGGCGUCGCCUCGCGCCAGUCGCGCUACUCCGGCAUCUGGAUCCACAUGAUGCCCUGGUUCAACUUUGUCAACCACAACCAGCACGGCGUCGACACGGCAAAGUACUACCAGCAGGCCGAGCGGGAACUCGAAGCUGAAAAGGCAUGA